UUGACCGUGAACCGUGGAGUGCGGCUCUGACACGAAUUACCUGGACACAGACUGGUGAGACUGGGUGGGCAUCAACCAAGGAGACGUAGAAAGGAAUCGCUUUUUGAUUUCUUUUAUUUUUUAAACAAAACGCACGUUAAAGUUUCACCACGUUUCUUUUGAAUGGGACAGUUUCCUUGAACAUCAGCCAUGGCGAGCCUGCUUUUCCACUUGCUGCAUUUGCUCCUGGUUCUGGAGUCCGGCUGGGGCAAACUCGUGUCCGAGGAUCUUGGAGUAGACGCGCGUCAAGGUGAAGAGGUGGAGGCACCGGCUGCGGACCGGCGCGUCUUUGCGCACGAGAGCACGAACCGGGACAUGGUCUCCAUCAACAUGUUCAAAGUGUACGAGAGGUACAGCGAAGAGCCGCAGAGCCACAGGGACGCAAACACCGUGAGAAGUUUGAAAGCUGUCCCGAGAGUCUCGCACGGCAAAGAAGUGUUCGAGUUCAACCUGUCCUCCAUCCAAGACUCCGAACUCAUCCUCUUUGCAUCCUUCCACUUCCUCUACAAGCGGCAGCGCCACCACCAGCAACAGUGGCGUUUCCGAAGGCCUCGCCACCAGUCCGGCGGCCUCCAGCGUUCCCAUCCUUCCUCCCCCCUGCUCCUCUUCAGUGGAUCAUCCCCAAACUCGGGUUUUGCAACGCCACUGGGAAACAUAACUCUGGCUCCUUUCAAGAAAGGCUCUUGGCAAUCGAGGGAUGUUACGGCGGUGCUGAAACACGCCAGGGACGUCAAAGAGCUUGUGUUGACGGUGGAGUUUGAUAUGGAGUUUGGGGCGGCUCGCACGCAGCAGAGGAACCCUCACGGCAAGGAGCGCCUCACUCCAGCCAAUCUGCCGUAUAUUCUGGUAUACGCUGACGAUCGAGCUAUAGACGAGCCAAACAGUGUGGCUAUGUCGCUGCAGCGGUACGGGCCCUUCCCAGUAGGAGACGACUUGUCCUCCACAGCCUCAGCCUCGAGAAUCCGGAGGGAGCUCCAUCUCCAGAUGCAGACAAACGACAUCCCAGAGGUCCAGUUCAAUCCCUUGAAGAAUCACGAACUUUGGCAGAACACGUACUUUCCAGCUAAAGCCAAAGCAGCGGUCAAGCCGGGGAGGAAACCGGGUCAGGAGAAUAACGAGGGCCUAAGUAAGCCACAGGUGCUGAGCUUCGACGAGAGGACGAUGAAAAAGGCAAGGAGGCGGCAGUGGAGCGAGCCCAGGGUUUGCUCCCGGAGGUACCUCAGGGUCGACUUCGCUGACAUCGGCUGGAGCGAGUGGGUUUUGGCGCCAAAGUCCUUUGACGCCUACUUCUGCGCCGGGACCUGCGGGUUCCCCAUCCCUAAAGUGGUGCGGCCUUCCAAUCACGCCACCAUCCAGAGCAUCGUCAGGGCUGUGGGCAUCAUCCCCGGCAUCCCCGAGCCGUGCUGCGUGCCGGAGAAGAUGAGUCCCCUCAGCGUGCUCUUCCUCGACCCGAGCCGGAAUCUGGUUCUCAAGGUUUACCCCGGCAUGUCUGUGGACACCUGCGCCUGUCGGUAGGGCCGGAAGCGAAGGAAGAUACUGUAUAUGUGGGACACGACAGGCAGGGAGACGCUUUCCAGAUCGGUGGACAGUUGUGGUGAGACACGCGGAGGACAAACUGAGGGAGACUGGAACUGAAGUGACAGGACUGGAGCAGCUGUCGUUCCAGAGUCGCUGUCUGUUUUUCUGAGCUCUCCGGACAUAUUUGGUGUCCACCCUGGUUUGAGUUUUGCCUCCUUAUGCACCGAAUUCUCUUGUUUCCAUUUGGCCCAUUUAUUUGUCUCCCUCUUUGAAAGACGAGCACUUAGAAACCUGUUUAUAAAUCUUUGUAUUGAGUUUCAUACGGAGCUCCUGCACGUACAUUUCUAUUGAUUCUUAACAAGCUUUUCCAGCCCGUUUUUGCUCCUGUUUUACAUUUGGAAAAGAUUUAUUAAGGCAUAUUUGAUCUUGGAGUGGAUUCAAUUUGCUCUCAUCUCAGUCUGGACUCCUCUGGACCUGCUUUUGGAAUUACUUCACCUGACUCCAGGCUUGCGUGAGAAACACACACCGCUCGUUUUUGAGCCCAGUGGAAGAUGAUCUGGGUCUCAAACACUGAAGCCUUCAGACAUGUCCUUCCGAUUCAGGACAGACGUUUGGACAAAUCAACGAACUGCACAAUGACUUAGGAGGUUGAAACACAUUAACCAGCUGUUGACGUGUAAAUACUGCAGCUACUAACACAAACUAAAUGGUACCUGUUUCCGUGACACUGAGAUGUUGUUGAACGCCCCUAAAUAUAAGCAAGAGUUGUUAUUCAUGCAUGAGAGGUAAUAUCAUCUUUGUAAUAUACUUACAUGUAUCUUGUAUAUAAUGAGUUUUUUUUGUCACUGAGACUUUUAAUAAUGCAACCGUUGUGUUGCAUGUUUCUGAUACAGUGAAGAUAAGGGAAGAAAAUGGUGCAUUGCUUCCCCCUGCUGUGCAUUUUGGGAAAAGGAAGGUUACGCAGUUUCAAUUCCAACGUUGAAAUUCUUCCUGUGACUAUGCAAUAUUUCCACUUAUCUGUUGUUCUAAUAUUAUAAUAAAUGUACAGUUUGUAUUAUGUACAGUAAUUAUCAAUGAUUUCCAUAGAAACUAAAAAGGGAUAAAUGUAAAAACCCUAACUGUAUUAAAAGCGUAUUGGGGUAGUUUGAAACCACAGAUGUAAGGUGUGUUUGAUAUGGAAAUAAACUGAAUUAUACAUAGAGCCAAGUGGCAUUAUUAUGUUUUAUUGGAAAAAAUGUUUAUAAAGCAUAGACAUAUAUGUGUACAGUUGUUU